GGUUAGGUGUUAGAUUGCACCCCCACUUUUUCACAUUCUAUCAAGUUUUGAAUGAUAUUAACAAAUUUAUGAGGUCAAAAAAAAAGGCCACAGUCUUGCUGUCUCUUCGUACAAAAAGGAAAGAAUCGGGGACCCGGCAACUGCCACUACUUGACUUAUAAAGCAGGCUUUCACUUCCCGUUGCUGAGACAUCUCCUUUGGCUUCUUUUGUUACUCAUAUGUCGACCGAAAGCUUCCCAAUACUGUACAAAUCUCAGAAGCGGAUGGUUACCUUACUUCAAGCUGGAAUCCAACCCAACAAAGGUAUACCAUCCCUCGGUUUUUAUAAGUGGUUCAACACGGGCAAUUUUUCCAUUGCAAUCUGGUCUCCAGAGGACGGGGACAUGCUUUUGAUACAGCUCUGGGAGGAUUGGGUUUGUGGCGGCCAUCAUGUAGACUUUCAUAGCUACAAACACCGCUCACAGUUUGGCACACCAGAUCUUUGGUCUCGGAAGGCUAUCGGUACGACGAUGUGGCCUUACAAUGAUAUUGUUCCUGAGGGCAUUUGUAUCACACAUCGAGGCCAUCCGUACCGUGGCACGACAUGGCAUAUCAUAUAUUCAGAUCAUCAAAACUUUGUGGAAGAACUCUCUCGUACCAUCACCACCAACGACCCUCCUAGUCCGGGUCCUUACGUCCCCCUUGAACUGACCGACAAGGACAUACACGAAGCAGACCGCCGUUGGAUUCAUGGCGUGCCGAUCUUUGGGAAAUUGUGGUCUGGCAAGCGUAGUUUGAGCACGGACUGGUCCGGGGACACUAUCGGUUUUUUCUCCAUAGCUUCAGGAAGGGGACGCUCAAAUGGUGACUCGCCACUCGAUUCGGAGAGAGUCAUCAAUUUCCCACACGAUGUCACUUGUUCAAAGAGGGAUGUCAGUAUGCCUCAACAUUUGCGGGAUGUGAUAAAGCAGGGAGCACGACAAUGGGACGACCCGGAUCAACACUCACCAUAUUAUUUUGAAGAGUCGCUGACCCUUUAGCCAACGAUGGUCGAUUUUUUCGUCCCAGACUUGGUAAAGGUUCUCAUUCAUGUGCAGCCGUCAACAAUUCCUGGCUCGUGGAUUGCGCAGGAGCAUGAGACGGGAAAAUGGGGCCUUGUUUCUAUGAAUGCGGUUCGACGUGUUGGGCUGACUCAUCCUGCAGAUGAAUUGUAGUUUUCCUCGGUGUGGAGUUUGAUUUUGGACAAAGGCAAGGAUGCCGGCGGUGGGAAGGAAGGAGCCGUCGACUUCCGAAACAAAUAGAUGCAAGUUGCUACACUGCCACAUAUCG